CCCCCUAGCGGCGGAGCUCCCAGCCGAGGAGCGUCACAGUGCCGGUGUCGGUCCCCACAGCCGGAGUGAAAGUUGUCUCCGCUCGGAAAAGCGGGGGUUCGGGACUCGCCAGUUCGCACCGCCGUAGCUUCACGCGCUUACUCCCGGAGAGAUGAGGCGGAAAGAGAAGAGGUUGCUGCAGUUCGCCGGGCUGCUCAUAGCGGCUCUUCUUUUUCUCCCAAAUGUCGGGUUGUGGUCUUUGUACAAGGACAGAGUCUUCGACAACUCGCCCGACUCAGUGGACGGUCCGGGCGGCAUCCCCCAGAUACAGGGAGUGAAUCGUGCGGGGAAGGGCGCUCAGCUGGGACGCAACGGUGUGCGGCGAAAAGACUGGCAUGACUAUGAAGCAAUCAAAAGAGACGCAUCUCGAUCUGGUAACGGUGAACAGGGGAAGCCGUUCCCCCUGACUGAUGCUGACCGGGUCGAUCAAGCCUACAGAGAAAACGGCUUCAACAUUUACGUCAGCGACCGCAUCUCCCUGAACCGCUCCGUUCCUGACAUCCGCCAUCCAAACUGUAAACACAAGGUGUAUGCAGAGAAGCUGCCCAACACCACAAUCAUCAUCCCGUUCCACAACGAGGGCUGGUCGUCGCUGCUCAGAACAGUUCACAGCGUGCUGAAUCGCUCUCCCCCACAGCUCAUAGCCGAGAUCAUCCUGGUCGACGACUUCAGCGACAAAGAACACCUUAAGGUGGCACUAGAGGAGUACAUGGUACGGCUGCCAAAGGUUCGCAUCCUGAGGACCAAGAAGAGGGAGGGUCUGAUCCGGACUCGCCUGCUUGGAGCAGCUGCCGCUAAGGGAGAAGUCCUCACCUUCCUGGACUCGCACUGUGAAGCCAAUGUGAACUGGCUGCCUCCACUGCUGGACCGAAUUGCCCAGAACAGGAAGACUAUCGUGUGCCCGAUGAUUGAUGUCAUCGACCAUGACAACUUUGGCUAUGAAACACAGGCGGGCGAUGCCAUGCGAGGGGCGUUUGACUGGGAAAUGUAUUACAAGCGGAUCCCGAUCCCCACAGAGCUGCAGAAGGACGACCCCAGUGAACCCUUUGAGUCUCCAGUGAUGGCAGGUGGACUGUUUGCUGUCGACAGGAAGUGGUUCUGGGAGCUCGGGGGAUACGACACCGGUCUAGAGAUUUGGGGAGGGGAGCAGUACGAGAUAUCCUUCAAGGUGUGGAUGUGUGGUGGUCGGAUGGAGGACAUUCCUUGCUCCAGGGUUGGGCACAUCUACAGGAAGUAUGUCCCCUACAAAGUUCCUGGUGGUGUCAGCCUUGCCAGGAACCUGAAGCGAGUAGCAGAAGUGUGGAUGGACGAGUACGCCGAGUACAUCUACCAGCGCAGGCCUGAGUACCGCCACCUGUCGGCAGGAGACAUGACUGUGCAGAAGGAGCUGAGGAACCGGCUCAACUGCAAGAACUUCAAGUGGUUCAUGAGUGAGGUGGCCUGGGAUCUGCCCAAGCACUACCCACCUGUGGAGCCUCCUGCUGCUGCAUGGGGAGAGAUCCGUAACGUGGGUAGCAGCAUGUGUAUGGAGAGUAAACAUUUUGUGUCUGGGAGUCCUAUCCGCCUGGAGAAUUGUGUGAAGGGACGAGGCGAUGUGAGCUGGAGUCAUGGACAGGUGUUUACGUUUGGCUGGAGAGAGGACAUUCGGGUGGGCGACCCCAUGCACACGAAAAAAGUUUGCUUCGAUGCCAUUUCCCACAACAGCCCCGUCACCCUGUACGACUGCCACGGCAUGAAAGGCAACCAGCUGUGGCGCUACAGAAAGGAUAAGAGUCUGUAUCACCCCGUCAGCAACAGCUGUAUCGACAGCAGCCCGAACGAGCGGCGUAUCUUCAUGAACACGUGUGACCCGUCCUCGCCCACUCAGCAGUGGCUGUUUGAGAAAACCAACGCCACCGUGCUGGAGCACUUCAAUCAGGGCGCCAAGUGAAGUCCUGCAGCAUCCACGAGGAAGGACUCACGCAGAAGUGGAGCUGCUGCUGCUGCUAUUGCGAACUGGGGUAUUUCCCAUUUACCUCGCAAUGAGGUGACAGCUGUUUCUCUUUGGGGUGCUGGGAGUGAGGCAGGACGGGACGCAGAGGGGGUUAGUUAAACGCAUUAGUGUGAGGGAAGAUUGGGUUCGAGUUUGAUUGAUGGGAUUUGUGUAAAAGUUACUCUGUGAGAGAUGGGUGUGUUCUGUCGGGGUGCUGCUGUGGCAGUAGGUCUGUCUCACUUCCUGAUUUUUAUUUAAUUUUUUUUAUCGUCUGCCAUUCCUCUUUAUUUCUUUAUUUCAAAUCUCCCUCUCUUCCCCUGUACUGUUUCCUCUCUGGGGGUUUGUUGUUUGCAGUUUUCUCUCCCUCUCUUUCUGUCCAUCUACCUUUUAUCCUCCAAUCUCUCCUCCCUCGUUUCUCUCCCGGUCUGCCACUGCCUGCAUGUCCGUCUCUAUCUGCCUGCAUGACUGCACCUUUGCCCACCUUUUUCAUUCUCCCUCUCAAAUAUCCUUAUGUCUCUCCAGCUCUGACAACCUCCCCGGGGGUAGAUGAAGGGGGGAGGGCUCGUGCUGAGCCAAAGUCAUACUGACACCUGGGUGAAGCCAGGCAGAACCACUCUGAAAAUCACCUGGUGAAGUGAUUCUCCUUUACAACCUUCUGUUCCCUCCCUCAUCCUUCCCCCCAUGUGUGUAACUCCUGGUCUGCGGGCAGAGCUGCAUUGAAUGUAGUGGGUGAAAGUUGACAAAGACGGUCCGAGGAGAUAAGACCUUUUGCACGUGCCUCACUUAUUUUUUCCUUAUUCUCUGCUUUCCUGUCUGUAUUUAUUGAUUAGUCCUUCACAGAUUUGUCACUGUGCCACGUUCUUCUUAUAUUCCUCAGAGGCGAGCGCUAUCCGAUGCCAGGGUAUGUGCAGGCUGACUCCUGCUGGGUAAUGGUGCAGUCAGACUAGAUUUUGCUUUCUUCAUAGAGGUCCUGCAUCUCUUAAAGUAGACAAUAAGAAUGCAGGCUGUCUGUGAGGCCUGCACAGAGAUAAAAGCGACAAUGGCAAGGUAAGGUCAUUGCACUGCAACAAGGCUCCAACAAGUGCUUCCUUUGAGAUCUUACCCUGGAGUGGGUCCCUUUAUUUGAGAAUGCUUUGAGAAAAGCUCCUCAAAGCAGUGACUACUAAAUCAGGAGGUAUUUGUUCAGAAUUUAGUUUUAAGGUUGCGUGGUUACUGCGGUUUGUUAGCUAAAUAGCCGUUCUACUUCGCAUCACCCAUACUACUACUACUACUACUACUACUCAUUAUUCAUACUACAUCUCAUAGGAUUUGCAGUAUACAAGUAGGUGUGCUUUUUUGGCACUACGCACACAGUAAGUGUUUAAAGUUUGGGGCUCAUUUGCCUGCUACAUUCAACAGUGUGUACUUUGUUGGGGCUAUACCAAAAGCAAAUGGAGAAAAAAAAUAUGCAAUUUUAAAUGCACUGUAAGUUUUCCCAAGCCAAACUUCUGUCUGACUGCACCAUGAGAGCUUCUUUGUCAUUAUGGUGGUGACAGUGGGAGUGGGAGUAGCUGUCACACCUCUAUGAGUUUCUCCCUUGCUUUCUGUGCGCUAUUUGCCGCUUUCCACUCAGUCACUGAAGCAACCCGGUCACAGACGGCCGAGCAAGGGGUCUCGUCAAGGUGUGGAGCAGCAGGCAGCACCACAAAUAGACCCCUGCGUGCCUGGAUGGCUGGCCGUGUGACUGACAGGCCAGCUGAUUCUCAGCAGGGCUGCCUGAUUGGCCGGCCGCCAUGCUGACACAUCACUUUAGAGUACAGUGUGAGCAGGAGGAGAGACCAAAAGGGGAAAUUAUCCAGGAUAGCCUCGCCAAGGUAGCGCUGGGAUUGAGACUAACGUGUGUGUGUGUGAGGGGGGGGGUUAAAAUGCAUUAAGCACUUAUGGAAUGAUAAACUUGAAUGAAAUCUUAGUGCCUUGUUAGAAGAGGACUAGAUGUUGCUGUGUGUAUUUGCAGAAAAUGUGUGUGGCCUGAAAUGUCCAGAUGAAAAUAGGGAACAAUUCCUCAAUUCAGGAAGUGACUUUGCUUGGAUUUUUUUUAUGCUGUAAAAAGACUCCUCAAGUCUUUGAACUGAUCAUGAAUUGACUUCUGGUGCAGGACCUUGAACGCACCACUGGCUUUGUGAACACACAUGUAACUGCUGGCUGUGAAUAGAGCUAAAAAGACUGUUUUUUGUUGUUUUCCCAGCAUAUUUGCUCCUGCUGUCAAAAGUAAACCACAACCCUAAGAAGACCUUUUGUUGUAUUGAAAUCAUGAUAUGAUGCUGUGUUGUUUUCCCACUUGUUCAAUCCAGAAUAUUAUAAUGAGAAAGGAAAUUGCUGUCUUUGUUUACCAGUGUCGCCAUCUGCCUUUAUAAAUCCUUUUUUUCAUUCUGUUUUUAAUCAAAUGUGCUUUCAUCCUUUCUUUGAUCCUGUGGUUUAGCUGAUGGUGAUUUUGCUUGAAUCCCUGUUUGACACUAUGUUUUGGGAUGUUCUGGUCUGUCGCCUGCACACAUUCUCUAAUCCCAUUUUGUGAAGCAGAACAAUGUUCAGUGUGUGCCAUUUUAAUCAUCAGAUCCAGGUAUUGGGCUCUGGAAGAUAUUAACAUGCAGUAGUAGACCAAAAGAAAUGGUAAUAUUCACUAUAUAUCACAAUAUUUCAGUAUUUAAGUCAGAUAUUAGAAAAUGUUGGGGAAAAAUAUAUAUUGAGCUCCUUGUUGUGUGCAGAUUAAAACCUUUACCAACACAAAUGCAAAACGGAUUUUAUCACAAUCAGUGCAAACAAUGAUUUGUUGUUUCCAAUUCUGUCUUAUCACAUAAAUUGUUCACACAAAUGCUAACCAAGAACCCAUAUUUAGAUAGCGGAGCUGGUAGAUUUGCAAUGAGAUUAUUGAGAGGUGAAGAUAGAAAACACUUGUGAUAGUUAUUUAACAUGUUCGACUAUUAAGUUGUUAAAACCUGAUCUACUUUUCAAAAAACCCUUCUUGAGUUACAGUAAAUGGUUCAUUUACCAGCAUGUAACUGCUAUUUAUUACCAGCAGGAGCGUACCAAAUGUAAACCUUUUUGUAGUAUUCUCUUCUUGCUGUUGGUCCCUUACCACACUGUCUACACCGGUAUAGUAGUGUGGACUUAAUUAAAUAUUAACUAAAAUUAAUCAACAAAUUAUUUUAAUAAACCGUUGACAGACUUGCUAACUUCGUACCUCAUGGAGGAUAACUGUGGAUGUUCUAGCUGAAGCCCAGUGUUACAUACUGUAGCAAAAGAGACAAUCAACAGUUUGUGCGAUUUUCCUACCCUAACAUAAUGCAUCACAUGUCUCUAAGGGAUUUGAACAAUAAAGGAUAACAGCUUUUCAUUCUGUGCACUUUUAAAAUCAGUCUUCAUGAGGUCUACUCUGUUUUAAAGAGGAACAAAAGAUUUUCUUUCUCUUCUUCACGCUGACCUUCGAGCUACAUGCCUGGAUACUUUGUACACUGUCAAAUUGUUAAAAGAUGACUUAGAAUUAUUGUUUCAGACCACCGAGUAAGGUUACCAGCAGAUGAUCCAACAGGAACAUUUUGAUCCAGCAUCUGACUUAUUUUUGUUAUCCACUGUAUAUCCAGAUAUGAUUUCCUUGCAUUUCUUUUCUUUGACAUCAUGCUAGAAUUGAUAGUGGGCUGGGCUGUUUCUGGGAUUGUUUUUUUUUUUUUUUUUUUCCUGAAGAAUUGUUAAUACGAACACUUUGUGGAAGUUUUAUAGAAGGUGGGUACAUAAGGCAACAUUUUUGGUUGAAAUGAGACUGUCGAAGUACUAAAAGUUACUUUAUACUUCUUUUUGAGAAAGUGUACUAUUCUUUAUUAUUUCAUCUUGUUUUUCUUCUCUCACAUUUAUCCUGCAGAACAGUUUAGAAUUGCAUCUGGUUUUUCUUGAGUCUGCCAAGCCCAACUGUCACAUGACUUUUGGCUGUGUUGUAUAGAAUUAGUAAGAAAGGUGUUUCAGGUAGCUGAUGUGUUAGCUUGUGCUUUUUCAAAGAUGUUUUAGGCAUGAAGAGCUAUAGUAGUGCCAGAAAAUCCCUUAUUCCAAUAAAACAUCAGGGACAGCAGAAUCAAAUGCAGUAGGAUGCAGAUGAGUUGAUUUUAGAGAAAAUGUAGAACUUAACUGUCAAAUAGAAUGCCAUGAUUAGUCAACUGGCUAGUUUUUAAACAAGUAUCUGACAGUUUCUUGACAGUAAAUCAUGAUAUAAUUUGACCUGGAAUGUGCUAAAAAUGCUUUAUAGAAUAGCCAAAGUCCUAUUUUUAAGUAACAAAAUAUAAAAUACAAAAAAAGACUUAUAAAUCAACUGCAGAAAGCAAACAGGUAAAAUCAGCUGGCAAAGAUGGGAAAACUACUCUUGGCAGCCGAAAACAUAGACGUAUGGGUAUAAUCAUAAAGCUCUGCCAGCAAAAGUCUUAUUUAGAUGUCCUAAUCUCCCCUGCAGAGUAAUCUUCCUGUUCCCCUUGCCUCAACUGCGCAGAAAAGAACCAGAGGUCAUUGCUGGUAUUUAGUAGUAGUUUAGUAGUUGAGUCUUUUGGGUCUCACAACCAGAAUCGUCAUUAAAAUGACAUGAAAGCUGAAGGUUUUUUUUCCUCCAGGAAAAUGUUUGGUAAAGCCCCAGUCACACAGGCCUGGUCCCACCAUGAUUGAGAUGUUGGUGAAAGUGCUAUCACCAAUAAAUCUGAGGUUAAAAUAACAUAUUAUCAGUAUAACAAAUUAAGAUAUCUCACUACAGUCUAAACUCAGCUCUCAGUCCCUGUUGUUGAAAGAAUAAUCCCAAGCUUGGCAUAUUUGCCUCGAGGGCAGGAAGACAAGGAGCACCUUUUGUGAUUUUUUUUUUUUUAAUUUAUUUAUUUUUUGACAGUUUAGUGAGUCAUCACAAAAUGAUGGGAACUGCAUUCUGUUUGAGUAGAUAAGAUGAUAGCAAUGAUAAUCAACCGUUCUGCAGGAAAGGAUAGGGGAGGAAACGAGAUGAUGCCAAAAGUGCGUUCAUGCUCUUCAUCUUUACUGUGUUCUGUACAAAGUGCAUUAAAUUAAAAAGGAACUUAAAUGGAUCGGUGUCUCUGGGGAAAUUUCACAGGAUGUUGCCAACUGUAUCCCCUCAAUUAUGUUUAAUUGAAUAAGCUUUUAAAAGUGUGGGGUUUUUUCAAUCGGAGUAAUCUGUACCUUUCCAUUGCACAUGCAAAGUUUGUUUUAUUACAUCAAAGCAUAACUUGGGUCGAAGUCUUUGAGGCACUGCUUUAUUUCAGCUUUUAUCCACUGUGGGAAAGUAUUUAAGUAAAAAAAAAAACUUCCCUUGCAGACAGUAGGGAUACGAAUUUAGCAAAUCGAUUCCACUGUCACUUAACAUAGAUCGGUUCUCAUUGGCACCGUUUUGAGAGUCGACACCAUCACUAAGAAACAUAUCAAAGGAAAGGAAUUGAACUACUGGGAACCAUUCCCUACAAGACCCGAUCCUCAAUUCCUGUCCUUAGCUGGCACCCAUAUAAUGGUAUAAACCACAGUUCAAGUACACAAACACUUCAAAUGUAAUACUUUUCCACAGCUGCUGGGAUAGAGCAAUCGUAAAUGUGCUGAAACGUUUUAUAACGUUAAUAUCCAAAUACAUUUUUAAGUUGUAAUUGUUUCCCACCUUCAUAUGUUCAGUCGAAAGUCUGUUGGGCAGAAUAAUCUUAAUUUACAGGAGCAAAUGUUUUUAAUGUCAGUGGCCAACGUGGCCCAUCACACAAUGUUGUGUACGUGUGUGAGCUUUGAUGUGUAGGGAAGUGUACAUUUUGUAUCUCAAAAAUAUCCAAUAUUUUUUUCUACUGACAUUGCAACUGUAAAGGUGUAUUUAGGUAUUUAACAAACUGUACAAUUAAACUGGAAUUGUAUGAUAUUUUUUUCUGAAAAUUGUAAAAUAAAAAGGUUUCUAUAUU